AUGUCUAAACUUAAUCUAGGAUUACAUAUUCUUGUCAUAUAUGUUGUUUUCAUUGCUCACCAAAUCCAUGGAGGUGGAUUGCAUCCAACCAACCGAAAGGCAUGGUAUGCACAUGCUUCUCCAUCAAAAAAUUCCAACGACAUCGUUUAUUUUGCGACACAUAGGACACAUCCCAGUAGCUAUUAUGGACUUGCUGCUACAAUGGAUGUGUACGGACACAAUAUCAGUGCUGGUCAUAUCAUAACAUCUAUUUGGAUUGCUAACAUGGAGGGUGAUCCAAAGACAGAUGAGAAUGCAAUUUGGGUCGGGUGGCAAUUUCUUCCCAGGUUGACCCAAAAAAAUAUGGGGACUCACAUACUCACUUCUUCACGAGUUGGACGAGAGACACAUAUCAUACAGGGUGCUAUGACAUGGACUGCCCUGGUUUCCAACUUGUUAAGGGGUCAAAAAUCGCUCCAGGUGGCACAAUACAACCAGUCUCUCAUGUUCAUGGUGUACGUCAAAAGAUUACAAUUAAAGUGUUUAGGGAAAAAUCCACGGGAAAUUGGUGAAUACACUACAGCUUCAACAAGGCCCCAACACCAGUGGGCAAAAUUGUUUGACAAGUUAUGGAAGAAGGCGACCCAAAUUUCAAUUGGUAGCGUUGUUGGGGGGAGUCCGUCUAUCCCAUCCCCUCCAAUGGGUAGUGGAUUCUUGCCGUCUGAUAAAGCUGCAUUAAUCACAGAUAUUUCACUCAUUAAGGAAGAUGGCAGGAUGACACCUUUUACUGUGAAUACAGACAUGUUACAGAGUAAGAGUAGUUGUUACUCUAUCUCACCUAUCCAAGGUGCAAAAUGUUCCUAUGGAGGUCCAGGAGGUUGCUCCCGCUAG